UGUGCAGAAAGAAGGACACCAGGACAGUGGAAUCUAUGUCAUCUACCCGCAUGAGAAUGAUGGCGGGAGAAGCAUCGGGGUGUUUUGUGACAUGGACACGGAUGGAGGAGGGUGGACAGUUUUCCAGCGUCGCCGGGAUGGUUCUGAGGACUUCUACCGGGGCUGGUCUGAUUACAAGGCUGGGUUUGGCAAACUGGACGAAGAGUUUUGGCUAGGAAAUGACAUGCUGCACCAGCUGACCAGCCAAGCCCAGUAUGAGCUGCGGGUUGACCUGGAGGACUUUGAGGGGAACAGUGCGUAUGCACAGUACCAGGUCUUUACUGUGGGGAGUAAAGCUGACCAGUACAGACUGAAUGUUGGGGGAUACAGCGGGACAGCAGGAGACUCCAUUGCCCCUGCACAUCAUAAUGGGAGUCCAUUCAGCACAAAGGACAGGGAUAAUGAUGCUAGUUCUGCCUCCUGUGCCCAAAACUACAAGGGAGCAUGGUGGUAUGGUAACUGCCAUAUGUCCAACCUGAACGGCCUGUACCAUGCAGGUUCCCACACUUCCAAUGCACACGGAGUCCUCUGGUACACCUGGAAGGGCCACCAGUACUCUCUGAAGCACACCGAGAUGAAGAUACGCCCCAUAACUAACUAAAGUAGUGACAAAUUGUGAACUUGCUUGGAACACUAACGGUUGGUCUUCUACAUUGACAAUGUAUACAUUUUAUUCCUAAGC